GUGCGGCCACCGUCGUUUGGGGAGGAGGGCAGGAGGGGGCGGGGAAAAGGGUGGGAGGUGGAUGAGCGCGCGCGCCGCCCGUCCGUCGUGGUUUCCUGGCUGCGCGCGGCGCUGGUGGAGUAGCUGCAGCUGCAGCAGCAGCCGCGAAGAUGGCGGAGGGGUUGGAGCGUGUCCGGAUCUCCGCGUCGGAGCUGCGAGGGAUCCUGGCCACUCUGGCUCCGCAGGCCGGGAACAGAGAAAACAUGAAGGAGCCCAGGCAGCGCAAAGAUAACAGGCGCCCAGAUCUGGAAAUCUAUAAGCCUGGUCUUUCCCGACUAAGGAACAGACCUAAAAUCAAGGAACCCUCUGGAGGUCACGAAUUUAAGGAUGAAAUUGUUAAUGACAGAGAUUCUUCUGCUGUUGGAAGUGGUACACAGCUCAUUAAAGAUGUCUGCAAAGACAGCCCACAGCAAAAUGGUCCUGUAGACCCAGAAAAUACUCGGGCACAGGAGUCUUUUCCUAGGACUGUUGGACAAGAGGAUCGAAGCCUAAGAAUUAUCAAGAGAACAAAGAAACCUGACAUGCAGAUCUAUCAGCCUGGAAGGCGUUUGCAGACUGUUACCAAAGAAUCGACCAGCAGGGUGGAUGAGGAAGAAAUCGUCAACCAGGUAGAACAACUGAGAGUAGAGGAAGAUGCAUGUAGGGGAAAUGUGAAAGAGGAGGUUGUGAACAAGCCAGACAAAGAGGAGGCAGAAAAGAGCCUAAGUGGUGACAGAAUAAGGGCUGCAAAGGGGGAAAAAGGAAAGAGGGUUGAAAAAGGGGAGGGCGUGAAGAAGGUGAGUGAUGACCCAGCUCAGGGGAAGCCAGGUUCUGUGAAGCGCUACUCCCGCUCAGACAAACGAAGGAACCGCUACCGCACUUGCAGUACCAGCUCAGCGGGUAGCAACAACAGUGCCGAGGGGACCGGCCUGACUGAUAAUGGAAGUCGCCGCCGCCGCCAAGAUCGGACCAAGGAGAGGCCACGACUGAAGAAACAAGUAUCUAUGUCCUCAACUGACUCCUUGGAUGAGGACAGAAUCGAUGAGUCUGAUGCGCCACAGAGGAGCUCAGAAAGGAAGAAACAUUUAGAAAGAAGCUGGUCUGGCUGUGGGGAGGGAGAGCAGAAAAGCAGCGGUAAAGAAAAUCGAGGCACUCUUCACGUUACUUUCGAUGCAGAAACCAUGAACAAAGAUUCCCCCAUGGUGAGGUCAGCCAGGGAGGAUUCGGAUAGGUUAAAGUCAGACAAAGGCUCGAGCAGUGUGGGCAAAGGCUCUGAGAAGCAGGAGUCCAAAAACCUGAGACAAGAACUUCGGGGUCGUGGCCGUGGCAUUCUGAUUCUGCCUGCCCAUACCACCCUGUCUGUCAAUUCAGCCGGUUCUCCAGAGUCUACGCCUUUGGGACCUCGGCUUUUAUUUGGAUCUGGUAGUAAGGGAUCUCGGAGUUGGGGCCGAGGAGGCACCACUCGGCGAUUGUGGGACCCAAACAAUCCUGAUCAGAAACCUGCUCUAAAGAGCCAGACACCGCAGCUGCAUUUCUUGGACACUGAUGAUGAAGUCAGCCCUACCUCUUGGGGUGACUCACGCCAGGCCCAAGCGUCUUACUAUAAGUUUCAAAACUCAGACAACCCUUAUUAUUACCCCCGGACACCAGGCCCCGCCUCCCAGUAUCCUUAUACAGGCUAUAGCCCUCUGCAGUACCCGGUGGGCCCUACAAACGGUGUGUACCCAGCGCCUUACUACCCAGGCUACCCAACCCCAUCAGGACAGUAUGUCUGUAGCCCCCUCCCUGCCAGCACCAUGAGUCCUGAGGAGAUGGAGCAACACAUGAGGAACAUGCAGCAACAGGAACUACAUCGGCUUCUCCGGGUGGCUGACAACCAAGAGCUGCAGCUCAGCAACCUGCUCUCCAGGGACCGCAUCAGUCCUGAGGGCCUGGAGAAGAUGGCUCAGCUCAGAGCUGAACUGCUGCAGCUAUAUGAGCGCUGUAUUCUAUUAGAUAUCGAGUUCUCUGAUAAUCAGAAUGUGGAUCAGAUCCUGUGGAAGAAUGCUUUCUAUCAGGUGAUUGAGAAGUUCAGGCAGCUUCUCAAGGAUCCGAAUGUUGAGAACCCAGAACAGAUUCGGAACAGACUUUUGGAGCUCUUGGAUGAGGGUAGUGACUUCUUUGAUAGUUUGCUUCAGAAGCUGCAGGUUACUUACAAGUUCAAACUGGAGGACUACAUGGAUGGUCUUGCGAUUCGCAGCAAGCCAUUACGAAAGACAGUAAAAUAUGCCUUGAUCAGUGCCCAGCGAUGUAUGAUUUGCCAAGGAGAUAUUGCCAGGUAUCGGGAGCAAGCCAAUGACACGGCAAACUACGGGAAAGCACGCAGCUGGUACCUGAAAGCCCAGCACAUUGCUCCCAAGAAUGGGCGCCCCUAUAACCAGUUGGCUCUGCUGGCAGUGUAUACGAGGAGGAAGCUUGAUGCCGUCUAUUACUAUAUGCGCAGUCUGGCUGCCAGCAACCCUAUCCUGACUGCCAAGGAGAGUCUCAUGAGCUUGUUUGAAGAGACCAAACGGAAGGCAGAACAGAUGGAAAAGAAGCAACACGACGAAUUGGAACUGAGCCCUGACCAAUGGCGGAAAGCAAAGAAAUCCACUUUCCGGCAUGUUGGAGAUGACACCACUCGCCUGGAGAUCUGGAUUCAUCCAUCCCAUCCUCGGUCCUCCCAGGGCACUGAGUCUGGGAAGGAUUCUGAGCAGGAGAAUGGGCUGGGCAGCCUGAGCCCCAGUGAUCUGAACAAAAGGUUCAUCCUCAGUUUUCUCCAUGCCCAUGGGAAGCUGUUUACCCGGAUUGGGAUGGAGACAUUCCCUGCAGUGGCUGAGAAGGUCCUCAAGGAGUUCCAGGUGUUGCUGCAGCGUAGUCCCUCUCCUAUUGGAAGUACCCGCAUGCUGCAGCUUAUGACCAUCAACAUGUUUGCUGUACACAACUCCCAACUGAAAGACUGCUUCUCGGAGGAGUGUCGCUCUGUGAUCCAGGAGCAAGCCGCAGCCCUGGGCCUGGCCAUGUUUUCUCUCCUGGUGCAGCGCUGCACCGACUUACUGAAGGAAUCAGCCAAAGCUCAGCUGUCCUCUCCUGAGGAGGAGGAGGAUCAAGAUGACAUCAAGGUGUCUUCCUUCGUCCCCGACCUGAAGGAACUGCUCCCCAGUGUGAAAGUCUGGUCAGACUGGAUGCUCGGCUAUCCAGACACCUGGAAUCCUCCGCCCACAUCCCUGGAUCUGCCCUCACAGGUUGCUGUGGAUGUCUGGUCGAUGCUGGCUGAUUUCUGUAACAUACUGACUGCAGUGAAUCAGUCUGAGGUGCCACUGUACAAGGACCCGGACGAUGACCUCACCCUCCUUAUCCUGGAAGAGGAUCGGCUUCUCUCGGGCUUUGUACCCUUGCUGGCUGCCCCUCAGGACCCCUGCUACGUGGAGAAAACCUCGGAUAAGGUUAUUGCAGCCGACUGCAAAAGGGUCACAGUGCUGAAGUAUUUUCUGGAAGCCCUUUGUGGACAAGAAGAGCCUCUGCUGGCAUUCAAGGGUGGAAAAUAUGUGUCAGUGGCACCCGUCCCAGACACCAUGGGAAAGGAAAUGGGAAGCCAAGAGGGAAAACAACUGGAAGAUGAGGAAGAGGACGUGGUGAUUGAAGACUUUGAGGAAGAUUCGGAGGCUGAAGGCAGCGGGGGCGAGGAUGACAUCAGGGAGCUUCGGGCCAAGAAGCUGGCUCUGGCCAGGAAAAUAGCGGAGCAGCAGCGUCGCCAAGAGAAGAUCCAGGCUGUCCUGGAGGACCAGAGUCAUAUGAGGCAGAUGGAGCUCGAGAUCAGACCCUUGUUCCUCGUACCAGACACCAACGGCUUCAUUGACCACCUGGCCAGUCUGGCACAGCUGCUGGAGAGCAGGAAGUACAUCCUGGUGGUGCCCCUCAUCGUGAUCAAUGAGCUGGACGGCCUGGCCAAGGGGCAGGAGACAGACCACCGGGCUGGGGGCUAUGCCCGUGUGGUGCAGGAAAAGGCCCGGAAGUCCAUUGAGUUCCUCGAGCAGCGAUUCGAGAGUCGGGACUCUUGCCUACGGGCCCUGACCAGCCGUGGCAAUGAACUCGAAUCCAUCGCCUUCCGCAGUGAGGACAUCACUGGCCAGCUGGGCAACAAUGAUGACCUGAUCCUCUCCUGCUGCCUCCACUACUGCAAAGACAAAGCUAAGGACUUCAUGCCCACCAGCAAAGAGGAGCCGAUCCGGCUACUGCGGGAGGUGGUGCUGUUGACGGAUGACCGGAACCUGCGUGUGAAGGCGCUGACGAGGAAUGUGCCUGUGCGGGACAUCCCGGCCUUCCUCACGUGGGCCCAGGUGGGCUGAGGGGGCCACAGCGGGGCCCACCCCCAUGGAACCAUUCCCGAGAGGCCACCAGGCGCCCAGAGUAGCACAGGAGAUGCUCGCGUGCCUGAGCCACCAGUCCACCCAGACAGUAAACCACCCUCUUCCCCCCCCACGCCGUGGCCGCGCUGUGGGGGCAGCUGCUCCGCACAGAGCCCCUCCCAAGGGCCGGGGCGGAAGCCGCUGGGACCCUCCUGGGCUUCCGGGAUUUAGCAGGGAGGUGGCUGGCUGCAGUGACAGCAGGUGGGCGAGCCAGACCGCCCGCCGGUGCUCAGCCUUUCUCCCUCCCGUGUCCGGUUCAAGGGUUGGGGGAAGGCCUCUUAGCCCGGGGGACUCAGCCACUUUCUCAGCUGGAGAUGGGGCAGGGGGUUAGAGUUUCCAUCAGAUGCAGGUGAGAUCACGGGUCCCUUUAAUCUUCAGAGCCCCUGUCCUGAAAGCGUCCAAGAGGCUUUGGUCACGCCAUGAAGAGAGUGCUCAGGGCGUCUCUCUCCCCCUGAGGCCUGGAUUCCCCCAUGGACCCCACCUGGGUUCUGAACAGCAGCCCUAGCCCCCCCGCCCCCCCCGACUCCACACACACACACACACACCCAUCCCGCUGCUCUUCCCGCCCUUACCAAUCUGGGUCCACUGUACUGGGCCAGUUGUUUUCCCCUCGGUGGGUCAUGGGUCUUUAGGGGAGGGACAUCUGCUCUCAGGCCCAUGCUUCCUGGGUGGCCUUUGCCUGCUCCGUCUCCCUCCAUUGGCCUUCCUUUUGCUCUAGUUCCCACUUCACAAAAUUUCCUCAGACUCUUCUCAACUCCCCUCCCUUUCCCCCUCCCGAGCCAUCCCCCUCACCCUCCUUCUCUUUCUAGUUGAUCCCUCUCACCUUCCUGGCCCCUCAUUUCCUUGCCAUGGAGGUUCUCACUCUGAACCCUUCUCCCGCGGUACCUGUGGCAGGAACCUAAGAAAGCUUUCCUGCCGCUGACCACCUUUCCCAGGCCCCUGUGCUCUGGGAUACUUCCAGGCUCCUCCAGCCCAGCCUGAGGGAGGGUAGGGUGGGCCAGUGCCUGGGAGCAGCAUUGCCUAGCCUGGAGUUUGCACCGUUUCUAGCUUUGCCCUAGAAGAACGUCCCUUCGCCUUGGAAUUUUUUGUUGCCUCUUUCUUUAGCUGGCACCUGUGUUCAAAGCUUCACUCAGGAGGCUUCCUACUGGGAAAGCGGUCUCCCAACCCAGGGACAGGGAUGGAGGGGGACUCAGGGGAAGACAGGGUUUGGAGGCGGAGCCAGGAGUUAAGUUUUGAUGGGACCAGUGGGGGAAUCCCCCAGAGCCCCCCAUCUGACUAUACAGCCUGCCCAGAGGAUGGGGGCAAGGCAGUGCCCUCCCGGAGGCCCGAGAUUAUGCCAGAAGGAGGGGGAACUGUACAGGAGAGCCAUGGCCGACGAUUUGGGGCUGUGAGUCCCCCAGGGCCUCAGAAGACUGGGCUUUUGGGGGUAUAGGGUCCCUGGCCUCUCCUCUGAGAUCCUUUCCCCUGGAUGAAGGCUGACGACUGGGUGGGUGAGAGACCCUAUCUCUCCUUUCUGUCCCAUUUGCAGCACUGGAUUUGUUUCCUUAAUAAAUUUUUAGUUAUGAAACAUA